AUGGGGUCACAAGGUUCACAGCUCUCGAGCGAGCACGCUGGCGGCCCACGGCCGCCAGCCUCGGCCAAUAGGGAGCCUGCACACCCGCAAGCCCUGAGGCCUUCCGGAGAAACGAGAUCCAAGGGCAGAACGCUGUCCAAGAAGAUCACCGACGUGUCCCAGCUGCCAGAGUGGAACUUUGACGGCUCCUCCACCGGCCAGGCUCCCGGCGACAACUCGGACGUCUACCUCAGACCCGUCGCCUUCUACCCAGACCCAUUCAGAAAGGGCGAUAACAUCAUUGUCCUGUGCGAGUGCUGGAACAACGACGGAACCCCAAACAAGUUCAACCACAGACACGAGUGCAACAAGCUCAUGACCGCCCACGCCUCGGAGCACAUCUGGUUCGGUCUUGAGCAGGAGUACACUCUGCUGGACCCUGUGGACGGCUCUAUCUAUGGCUGGCCAAAGGGGGGUUUCCCAGCCCCACAGGGACCAUACUACUGCGGUGUGGGUACAGGAAAAGUGUACGCCAGAGACGUCAUCGAGGCCCACUACAGAGCGUGCCUGUACGCCGGCGUCACCAUCUCCGGUAUCAACGCCGAGGUGAUGCCUUCCCAGUGGGAGUUCCAGGUCGGACCGUGCGAGGGAAUCAAGAUGGGAGACGAGCUCUGGAUCGCCAGAUACCUGCUCAACAGAGUUGCCGAGGAGUUUGGCGUCAAGGUGACGUUCCAUCCAAAGCCGCUGAAGGGAGACUGGAACGGUGCUGGUUGCCACACCAACGUCUCCACCGCCUCGAUGAGAAAGCCUGGCGGAAUGAAGGCCAUCGAGGAGGCCAUCGAGAAGCUGUCCAAGAGACACAAGGAGCACAUUGCUCUCUACGGUUCCGACAACGAGCUCAGACUCACCGGCCGCCACGAGACCGCCUCCAUGGAGAGCUUCUCGUACGGUGUUGCCAACAGAGGUGCCUCUGUCAGAAUUCCAAGAUCUGUCCAGGCUGAGGGAUACGGCUACUUCGAGGACAGAAGACCGGCCUCCAACAUCGACCCUUACCUGGUCACGGGUAUCAUGGUCGAGACCGUUUGCGGCUCUAUUCCAGACGCAGACAUGACCAAGGAGUACCAGAGACAGUCCGCUUGA